GAUUGCAGGGGGGUUGCUGUGUGAGAAGGAGCACAAGUGGCCAUCAGCUGUGAUCACACCCUCUGUACCUUCCCCAGCCAGCACCUCCCUCCCACUCUUCUUAUAGAGCUCCCCUCUCCAUAUCUCAGGUUACUUGUGUGCAGACCUGCAGCUACAGAAGACGCAUCCAUCCAGCCCCACAGCUUGGAUUGGGCAGCCUGUCCUGACAUAGCAGAGUGCGCUGAGUGCUGCUGCGGGACGUGUUUCAACAGAUGGUUGGGGUUAGAGUGUGUCAUCACUGCUGGAGUGGGGAUUAGAGCAGAGCUGGAGCUGUGUGGUCUUCUGCGAGUGGAGGGGAGACACCACCAGAGCUUCUUCAGGAAAACCGAAAGCUUGGACCUAUCUUUGCUGGAAGUCCAUAUGUUAUAACAAAAUGUUGGUCUUCACAAAGAAGCCAUUCCUUCUUGAUAGAUAUCUUUAACCAACUGCAGAUUGCCUACAAAUAGAAGAAGCGACAUCAUAAUCCAUUGCCAUUGAGUCGGCCUGCCGGUCUACAAUGCAGUAUUACUGUUUUGCACUGCUCAUCAUGCUGCUGCCAGCAAGCUAUUGUACAUCUAUGAAAUCGCCCCGGCUUAGAGGACGGAUUUCUCCAGAUAGAAGAAAUAUUAGACCGAAUAUUAUUCUUGUCCUCACAGAUGACCAGGACGUGGAAUUAGGAUCGUUGCAGGUGAUGAACAAGACCAGAAAAAUCAUGGAAGAAGGAGGGGCACAUUUUGUCAAUGCCUUUGUGACAACUCCUAUGUGUUGUCCAUCCCGUUCGUCGAUGCUUACUGGGAAAUACGUUCACAACCACAACAUCUAUACAAACAAUGAAAACUGCUCCUCUCCUUCUUGGCAAGCCAUGCAUGAACCUCGCACCUUUGCAGUAUAUCUCAAUAAUACAGGAUACAGGACAGCAUUUUUUGGAAAAUACCUCAAUGAGUACAAUGGAAGCUACAUACCUCCAGGCUGGAGAGAAUGGCUGGGACUGGUCAAGAACUCCCGAUUCUAUAACUACACAAUAUGCCGGAAUGGAUACAAAGAAAAACAUGGAUUUGAGUAUGAAAAGGACUAUUUCACAGAUCUCAUCACCAAUGACAGCAUUAACUACUUUAAAGAGACCAAGAGGUUGUACCCGCAUCGGCCAGUCAUGAUGGUCAUCAGUCACGCUGCACCACACGGGCCUGAGGAUUCUGCACCACAGUUUUCAGAGCUCUUUCCAAAUGCUUCCCAGCAUAUAACUCCAAGCUACAACUAUGCACCAAAUAUGGACAAACAUUGGAUCAUGCAGUAUACUGGUGCCAUGCUACCAAUUCACAUGGAGUUUACAAAUGUGCUUCAUAGGAAGAGGUUGCAGACUCUUAUGUCUGUGGACGAUUCGAUGGAGAAGCUAUACAACAUGCUGGUUGAAACUGGAGAACUGGACAACACUUACAUCAUCUACACAGCCGACCAUGGCUACCACAUAGGACAGUUUGGCCUUGUGAAAGGAAAGUCCAUGCCAUAUGACUUUGAUAUUCGAGUCCCUUUCUUUAUUCGUGGUCCAAAUGUGGAGGCGGGAUCAAUUGUGCCUCACAUUGUGAUAAACUUGGAUAUCGCCCCCACUAUUUUGGAUAUUGCAGGUUUGGACCCUCCUCCUGAUAUGGAUGGGAAGUCUGUCCUUACUUUGAUGGAUAUAGAGAGGCCAGGAAAUAGACUUCGAACCAAUAAAAAACCCAAGAUCUGGAGAGAUACAUUCCUGGUGGAAAGAGGAAAGUUCAUCAGAAAGAAAGAGGAACCAAACAAAACUACUCCUCAGUCAAAUCAUUUGCCAAAGUAUGAGCGCGUGAAGGAGCUGUGCCAACAGGCUCGGUACCAGACAGCUUGUGAACAGCCGGGCCAGAAGUGGCAGUGUAUAGAAGAUAUGUCGGGGAAAUUACGGAUUCAUAAGUGUAAAGGAUCCACAGAUGUUUUAUCCCUAAGGAAGAGAACAAGAAGUAUAAACGCAAAGGGCUAUGGAAGCAAACAUAAAGACUGCAUCUGCCCAGACACAGAUUAUAGGACAAGUAAAAACCAGAGGAAAAAACAGAGGAUCUUCUUGAGAUCUUCCAACUCGAAAAAAUUCAACCCUCGUUUUGUUCAUACCCGUCAAGCACGUUCUUUAGCCGUUGAAUUUGAAGGAGCGAUCUAUGAUAUCAGUUUGGACGAUGAGGACAGUGUUCCGUCUUCACGGACCAAAAGACAUUAUACCUCUGAAGAAGAUGCAGAAGAGACUGAGGAUGAAGAAGAGGAGGAGGAGGACGAGGACACAUUCACAGCCCCAAGUGAAGAUGAUGUAAUGGUGGCUGAUGGGGUGAUUGAAACCAGUCAUUCGGCAUCUGUUCGAGUGACACACAAGUGUUACAUCCUUGCCAAUGACACAGUACAUUGUGAAAGAGAACUGUACCACUCAAGUAGAGCCUGGAAGGACCACAAAGCUUACAUUGACAAGGAGAUUGAAGCGUUACAGGACAAAAUAAAGAAUUUAAGAGAAGUAAGAGGACAUCUGAAGAGAAGAAAGCCCGAUGAAUGUGACUGUAGCAAGUCUGGGUUUUACAAAAAGGAGAAAGGAAUUAGGACUCAAGAUAAGAUAAAGAGCCAUGUCCAUCCAUUCAAGGAAGGAGCUCAAGAGGUUGACAACAAAUUACAGAUCUUUAAGGAGAACCGUAGACGGAAAAAGGAGAGAAAGGAAAAGAAACGGCACAAAAAAGGAGAAGAAUGCAGCCUUCCCGGUCUCACUUGCUUCACUCAUGACAACAACCACUGGCAGACUGCUCCGUUCUGGAAUUUGGGAUCUUUCUGCGCUUGUACCAGCUCCAACAAUAACACAUACUGGUGCCUGAGAACUGUCAAUGAGACUCAUAAUUUUCUGUUUUGUGAAUUUGCAACUGGUUUCUUGGAAUAUUUUGAUAUGAACAUCGAUCCAUAUCAGUUAACAAACACUGUACAUACUGUAGACAGAGGAGUAUUGAAUCAGCUUCACAUACAACUGAUGGAACUAAGAAGCUGCCAAGGUCAUCGACAAUGCAACCCAAGGCCAAAAGGAUUAGAAACAGAGGACAACUAUGGGACGGAUGGGAAGGUUAACCUGCCAAAUUUCACAGAGGAUGUUGACUGGAAAGGACUGGAAGAUUUGUACAGCGUAAAUGAAAGCUUGUAUGGCUACAGAAACAACUACAGGCUUAGUCUGGAUGACUGGGCUAAUUACUUGAAGGAUGUAGAUAGAGUUUUUGCACUGCUGAACAAUAUCCCUAAAAAAAAUACAGCAAAUUCAACUGUGGUUGAACAAAUUUCUGGGCCUUCCGAUACUUCAUCUGUGGUGGAAAUGUCCUCUGCUGACUCCGAAGACGAAUUUAGUGGUUUAGUUGCAGAAGAAAGGGAACCUAAAAUAGAAGCCAACUUUGGUAUCUUGAAUUUGAGCACAGUGAUAUUUAAUCACAAGAAAAAACUUGAAACAAAUAACGAUAUUCCUGGCAGGAAAAAAACUAACCAGGCACACUGGAUCAAGAGUAAAACAGAAAAAUGGAAAGACCAUGUAGAUUUAGAUACUUAUGUAAUGGAUUUCAGCGGAAAUGGGUUCAUGGAACUAGAAUCCAAAAGUUCUUUAAAUAUUCAGACUAUUCGUUAUGUCCCUACAGAAUCGCAACAGUAUCUAAGUAAUGCAAGUGAAGAUAUUUUUGAAGAUCAGAUAUACCUUCCCAUUGAUUCUGUGACUCAACAGAAAAGCAAUUUUUCAGCUGCAGAUCAGGCAGAUGAUUAUGAAGAUCAAAAAAGCACAAAAGCCGAAUCUACAAAAAAUUCUUCAGAAGAGAUUAAUAGAAACUUUGAUGUAGAAGGCAGUGCCUGAUCCCUUGCCUUUUCAAACAUGUGCAUGACAAUACAAAAAAAGAGCAGUCAAAUAUUUGUGGCACUUGACAUUCCAGAUUUGGUAUUCUUAACUGCUUCACUGUAUUAGAUCAUAACUUGUGCAAAUAGUUUCACCCUUCAGUCCCCAUAUGACACAUCACAUCACAAAGUUUACUUUAAUACUAUAUUGUUGACACAUUCUUUUAUUUGCUGUUCACCAUUUGGGCUCAUAUUUUUGUGCAUUUAAACACCACACAUUAUCUCACAUCCCCACUAAAAUUUUUUGGUAUAUUUUACUUUCUAACCACUGGAAUUUUUUUAAACUAAUUUUGCACUUUUUUAAAGCUUUUUGAGCUUGAUCACCAAGUUUAUCUCGUUUACUUUCAUCUCUCUAUGAUGCAUAUGUGAGGAAUUGUGCAUAAAAAACUAAGAUUUUGUGCCAAAAAUGUGCCUUAAAAGAUUGCAUUCAAAAAUUUGCAUGUACAUAAAAAUAUAUGUGCAGGUGUAUUAUUUUUUUUUUUUUUAAGUAUACAAGAAUUUUAAAGAUAGUAAUCAACACAAAAAGCUUGUAUUGGUGCAUUGUAUGAAAAGACAUCUGUACUUGCAGGUAAAGAGCUGAUUGAUCAUGAAAAUCAUAUUCGAUGUGUACCUCAAAAGUCUUGUUUUACUAGUUUUCUCAUAGGAUUGUUUUUGGCUUCUACAUGAGACCUAAAACCUCCAUCACAUUUGAUCUGUGGAGUAACCAAUAUUUUUAUUCUUCGAGCAGUCCUUACAUGGUCUAUAUACAUACUGUAUGUUAAACAUUAAUUGUUGCUGUGCAUGUCAUCAACCUGAUGGCGGUACAAACGUAUUUAUGGUGAUGAAAGUACUUUUUUUUGUCCUUUUUGUAAAUAGAUUUCAGAUUAUAGGUUUUGUGUUUUUUUUAAUCCUGUAUAGUAUCUGUUAUACUUUUAUAGAACAACUCGGGCUUCAGGAAAGUCACGAAGCAACGUUUCUUCAAAUAAAAAAUGUGCUUUCAUUUUACAAAUGAAACUUGAUUUAAAUAGUUUUAUUAUUUUUACAUUAAUGCAGUCAUAUGUGCACAUGUGUUUUAUCCCUUGUUUGGGGGGAAAUCUACAUUAUCCAGAAGUGAAGACAUUAAAGUCAGUAACCUAUCAGUCUUAGGUUUUGGGAAACAAAUUAGAUCAAACUGAACAUCAAAGGACCUAAAAUUGCAAUGCUAACAUUUUAUCUGUAAUAUGGAUUGCUCAAUUAGAGCCAUGAAAAUCUUAGCUUUUUGGCCCAGCGGUUAAGUAUGAUGCAGGUUAAAAUCACCUGUUAUUUCAACUUCCAUACAGAUGUUGUUAAAGCCUUGUAGGGCUUCAUCAGCGCAAGAUAUAAAAACUGUGGGGGAGAUUUAUCAAAACUGGUGUAAAGGAAAACUGCCUUAGUUGCCUAUAGCAACCAGUCAGAUUCUACCUUUCAUUUUUCAGAGCUCUUUUGGAAGAUGAAAGGUGUAAUCUGAUUGGUUGCUUCGAUAAAUCUUCUCAUAUGACUCAACACAGAAGGACUUGGAGAAAGGGCUAGCUCCAGGUGUGAGUCCCAGUGGGCCUUCUGUCUACUCACCUAUGGCUUGACUAGUAUAGUCAGUAUAGUAUAUAUUUACCCAGAUCACUGUGCACCUUGGCACUUGCCCUGCUUAGGUAGCAGCCAGAUGGCGUCAGUAAGGUUAUAACUUAGUGGGAUAAAAAUGUACAAAAAUAAUCGCAACUACAAUGGGUUUUAAAAGGGGUUUACCACAAUUCAUACUUAUCAAAUCUCUACAGCAGUGGUCCCCAACCAGUGGUUCAGGAGCCAUAUGUGCUCACGACCCCUUGCUGUGUGGGUCGCCAUGGGAGUCCUGAGUUAUGACCAUAUGUACUGGCAGUUGACAUUGUUACAGACCUAUCCGAGAUUUACCACCAAACAGUGCCAAUUUGGAUGGUAUAAUACUAGUGUUAGAUUUCACACUGAAAUAUAUCAGCAAAUGUUUGCAAUGUCAUAUUUUUCAUUUCUUCACAUUCAAAAUCCCUCUCCUUUAUUUUUGAAUUGACUGUUGCUCCCAACCAUCACUGAAAGUUGAAUGUGGCUCCAAACAAAUAAAAGGUUUGGAACGUCUGAUUGACAGGAUAGGAGAUAAGCAUCUGAUCUCUGUACCUCGAAAUCUCCAGCAGUCUCCUAAAGAGGAAAUGGAGCAGAGGAUGUUCGCUCCACCUGCUGCUCCAUUCAUGCAGAGAUACAGGGCCCUCAUUCCCAUGAUUGGCUGGCGUCAGGCCACCAGUGACCAGAUAGUUAUCACCUUUACAGUGGAUAGAGGGUAUGUUUUGUUUUGUGGGACAACUAUUUUAAAUAAGUAGUA